AUGCAGUACCGUUUAGAAAUCAAUUCAUGGCUUAGGCCAGAUCAUCCUGAUGGUUUGAUCGCAAUAGAUGGCUACACACCCUUCAGAAAAGACCGCCUUGGCAGGCGGCGUAGAGGAGGCGUUGUUAUCUAUUUGAAGUCAUCCAUCUCAUCUCAAAUUCACAUGGUUUCGCCUCAUGUUAUUAAUGAUGCAUUAGAAACCCUUUGUCUCAAGUGCAUUAUUGACAGUGAACCAUACUUCAUCUGCGCCACCUAUCAUCCACCAAAUCAUCCAUCAUACGAAGCUUCCACCUUGAAGGGUUACAUCGAUGAACUCUCUAACACUGCGUUGGGGAGCGACUCAAAACUCAUCACUACGAGUAACUUCAAUAAACUCGACCAUCAUUCCAUUCUUCAAACAGAUCUACACCCUAUAUUCUGGGGUCCCACCCACCAAUGUCUAAACCUUCUUGACAGAAUAUAUGGGAUUAAUGUAAACCUGGACAUCAUUCACACUUAUAGGUCACACGUUUCAACUCAUCAUCUUAGGGUGGUUGCUGCUCUUCCACCUCUAUCAACUAACUCAUCAUCCUUUACAGAGUAG